AUGAAUUCUACGACCAUGAACGACGACAACAUGACCUUGAGCCGCACCGACUCCAGCUGGUCUUUUGAAGGCGGCGAUGAUGUGAUCAACAAGAAGACCAAUCAUGAUGACCAGCCUAACCCCACUGUGCCACCCACACGGACCUUGGUUUCUCGUCUCAACCUCCCUGUGUGCAGAUCGCAGGCUCAGGUGGACAUGCUUGCUCCUGGAUUAAGUGGUGAAUCGUCCCGGGAUGUUCAUGUAUCCUCGCCAGCAACAAACGAAGUGCCACUGAAAAAGAAAAAGGGGACGCUUGACCUCCGUGAAACGGCGAGGCAACCAAGUAUCACCCCCAGCCUCCUUUUCAAACGGACCAGACUAUUAGCCGCGAUUCCGACGGGGAUUGUUAGGAGAAUCUCGUUUCGAAUGACCAGCUCAAUCAGGAGGCCUCGAUCUGAACAACAGGAUAGUAGUUCUUCACUGUCAACUGGAUCUCCUUUGCCUUUGGACCGAGCUCCUGCGCCUAUGAGUGCCCAGAUCAGAUGGUCGGCUACUGAGUACAAGAACGAAACUGGACCACGCGGCGUCAUCCCAGGGUCGUGGCGCGAGCAGGCAGAGGAUACUGAGUUUUCGUUGCUCCAGGAGGAGCUGAGACUAUGGCAGGUAUACGAAAGGGAGUGUGUACAGCCUCAGGAGGAGGAACGUGGUCGUUCACGGACGCGAUAAGAGAACCUGAGGGUCUCUGAGGAAGUUUGUGAGGCUAAAUGAUUAUGGUUGGUGC